UUUAAAUGUGAGGGGAAAUAUUGAGGGUAGGCGUCGAUGAAGUUGGAAAAUUAUGCUUUAAUUCUCAUGUGAACCAGCUACAUAUUAGGACACUUAAAAGAUGUCAGGGGCUCAUGAGCAGAAUAGGAAACGCCGCCCCCCCAAAAUGUUCUUGAUCACGGCCGACGUCAAGGUGCAGGACCAGCUGGAAGGUACCAUUCGACUGCAGCGGGGGUUCAUCUGCCAGGAGCAGGACUUGAGCAAGAGCAGAGGGGACUACCUUUGGGUCAAGGUGUUAGACAAUGGUACCAUGGUCAAAUUAGAAAGGAAGUUCUUGCAAGAAGUCCCGAGUGACCUCAGCGGUCUGUUGGAGCCAGUAUCUGAUCUGGACGCUCGCCUAAAGCUUCUAACCAACCCCAGGAAGCUGCAGCAGUUUGCGUCUUUGCCCCUCGAUACCCCGCUGUGGGUCCACAUGGGCCAACAGGGCGAGCUGGCAGAGGCGGAGCUUAAAUACAUAGGUCCACUGACCAGAGGGAGCAGCCCAGUGUAUUUUGGGGUACAACUCAAGGGUUCAGCGGCGGGUAAAGGAGUGAGCAACGGUUCCUAUAAGGGUCAGCGGCUCUUCACCUGCCCCGAAGCCUGUGCCCUCUUCCUCCCGGUCAGUGACAUCAGUUUCCGCCACUGGUCUAGAAAUGGCUGUGAUCCACAGGAGCGACCCCGCGAGCGAGAGCACCAGCGCAUCAGUAAUAAUCACCCCAGCAAUGGGCACCAUAGCAACAACAGCCGCUCAAAUUAUCAUCAUCAGCAGCAGCAGCAGCAGCAGCAGCAGCAUAGUCGUCACAUUAGUUUCCACCAGCAUCGUCCCAGCAGCCCUCCUCAGGCGCAGGCUUAUGGCAUCCUCUCUCGAACAGCUGAGUCGGCGCCCAUCACUGCUCAAAACCAGACCCAGGUCCGAGGCCCUGUGUCACCCCCACCAUUCCAUGUUGGCCAGCGGGUGUGUUUCCCCCUGAACGACAUAGUCUAUAGCGGGGAGGCGCGCUUCUGUGAUCUCCUGCCUGGCCGGCCCUUGACAGGGAUGUACGUCGGCAUUCUGCUGGACGAUCCUGUUGGUAACUGGGACGGGCAUUACAAGGAAGAGAGGCUCUGCCACAUUCCUUCCCAAGCCUAUGGACUAUUACUGCCAAUCACCAAGGUUUCCUCAGAGCCAAAAUCUCACCGUCUUCCUCACCAAAUGCCCAAGUCCAUCCUGAGGCCAGCACCACCCCCCGUCACUAAACCAGGCCCCACAUCACCAUCCGCCCUUGCUCCCAAGGUCGCCUUGCUGCCCCCGAGCAGACCAGCACUUAAACCCCCUCCACUGCCGCCACCGAAACCCACCCAGAAACCCUUGCAUGCUCCCCCUCUCCCGCCUCUAAAACCCCGCAGUCCAACGUCGCCCACUGCUGCAGAGCAACUGCAAAACACCAACGGCGUACACGGCCCCCUCUCCCCGCUGAGGUCUCCAGAUAACCCCAGAGCCGCUGGGGAGAAUGGAGAGGCGGGACUGGAGGGUGAGCUGGAGGUGGGCUCCAUGGUUGAGGUGAACGACCCUCCCCUCUUUGGAGUUAUUUGCUGGAUUGGACGGAUCAGCGGGAUUCCUGAACCAGUGGCAGGAAUAGAGCUGGAUCAGGAGCUGUCUGCAGGAACAGACGGCAGUUACCUCGGUGAACGUCACUUCCGUUGUCCGGCCAACAAGGGGCUGUUUGUCAAGCUUCGCAACUGUAGGAGGGACUCCAGGUUCCCCGCACCUGAGACGCCUGUUAAUCAAGUGGAGCGGUGCAACUCUAUAGCCUUUGCAGAGUGGGGCAGCGAGCGUGUGGAGGAGCACACCCCUCCUGUGGACGGAGACGAGGCCAGAGAGCUCUACCACGGCUGGAAGAGAGGCAUCCAGGGUCACCUCAACUCCUGCUACCUGGACGCUACGCUGUUCAGUCUGUUCUCCUGCUGUAGUUCAGCAGACUGGGUGUUGUUUUGGCCGUCCGACCCAGACACUGACCAAAACUCCAGCCAGGCUCAAGACCUGCUGCGCUGCGAGAUAGUCAACCCCCUUCGAAGGUAUGGCUACGUGUGCGCCAGUAAGACCAUGGCCCUGAGACGACUGCUGGAGGCUGCCAACAGCGACAUGGGCUUCACCAACCAGGAGAAAGAUCCUGAAGAGUUCCUCAACAAGCUUUUCCAGCUCCUCAGAGUCGAGCCGCUCCUCAAGAUCAGAUCAAUGACUCAGGAGCCUCAGGAGUGUCACCUCUACCAGCUCUUCCCACCUACCCUCGCUCCCUCACCCUACUCGCCCUUACCCCAAUCAUCACUUGACUCCCCCAUCCCCCUCUUCUCCCCAUCGUCCAAUCGGAUGAGAGUCGCCAGCGUCCAGGCCCUGCUGGAGUCCUCCUUCCUCCACGCCGGCCUCAAGUUUGUCGAGGCUCCCUCCUGCCUCUUGCUGCUCAUGCCCAGGUUUGGGAAGGACUUCAAAAUGUUUGACGCCAUCUUGCCGACGCUCAGCCUGGACAUCACAGACCUGCUGGACGACACUCUGAGGCAGUGCAGCAUCUGUCAGGCUGUGGCUGAGUGGGAGUGUCUGCAGUGUUAUGAAGAUCUAGACAUCAUGCCCGGUCGUCUCAAACAGUACUGCCCCACCUGCAACACACAGGUCCACAGUCACAGGAAGCGGACGUCCCACAGCCCGGUGAAGGUUCGUAUUCCCAAGGGACCGUGGACCGGCCCUCUGCACUGCACUCGCCAGCGAAUGUCUCUCUUUGCUGUGACCUGCAUCGAAACCAGCCAUUACGUCAGCUUCAUCAAGCACGGCCCCCUCCCCACCGACUGGCUGUUUUUUGACAGUAUGGCAGACCGGGAAGGUGGCGAGAAUGGCUUCAACGUGCCCCGGGUGAAGGCGUGUCCUGAGGUGGGUCGCUACCUCAGCCUAUCGGAGGAGGAGUUGAGCAGAGUGGACGCCGCCUCUUUACAGGAGCCCGCCCGCCGCCUGCUCUGUGACUCCUACAUGUGUCUGUACCACAGCCCCGAGCUCAGCCUGUACAAGUGAUGUGUACGGUCAACACAGACACAGAUCCGACAUGCUGUACAGCUGAUUCAGACACGUGGUCCUCAGGUUCUUCGUCUUAUAUCACUGUCGGAAGAAAACAUUGCACUCACAAAAUAUUAACUUUUUUUUCUUGAGAUUAACAAAAACCACUCUUGAACAAACAAAUGUUCAAACAUAAUCUCUUAGUAUUUUUCUGGUGUUGUACAAAAAGAGCAAAUACAUGUCAUUUGUGCUUUUCAGGAUAGGGAGUCUUAACUUGUCAAACUGAAUGCAAAUAAUUAUUUAUUGUGCAGAAGACAGAAUGUUUUUCAUUUAGAUUGGUUAGAAGAGUCUUUGAGGACUCUGGUAAUAUAUGAAAAAUGAAAAUAAGUGCUAAAAUACUGAACAGAGCCUCAGAAUUACAUAUAAUAUCUUCAGACAAAAUAAAAGUGUGGCAGUCAUCCAAAUUGACUUGAGAACGGCAGUAUGACCCACAUCAUCUAAUAUGCUGAAUGAACAAAUUGCCUGUAGUGUAUUGUUGGUUUAGGAGCUUUAUACACUCAUGAACUUGGUGGUAAAUCAGUCUGAUGGGUGUCAGUAUUGAUCUUUAUAGCUGAGUUUACCUGUGCCUUAAUAAUGCUCACACACCUUACAGAACCACUGUGCCUGUAACCUAUAACACACAAACACUUUACACUUCAAUUUGCACUGCUUCAUUUACAUGUCAGUGUCUGUAUAUAAUAGCAUUGCCUUAAACUGACUGUAAAGAUUGCACCCAGAUGUUUAAACUUUUGAAUUGUUUAUGGGUUGUUUAAUGUAAAACAGCUGUAAACAAUGAGGAUAAUGUCCCAGAUAAUAAAAUAUUUCAUACUCUUCUA